UAUAAAAAUCACUGUCACUAAAAAUUAAAGUACAUACUCAAAAGUAUAAAAUAAUAAAAAAUCUAAACGGAAAUGGCUGACGGGUGUGCUUCUGUGCACGGUAAUUAUGUUAAGUGGGCAGUUAGCAAUUAAGCAAGAAACCGAGCAAGCGCAGCCUCUUAAUUGCUGCGCGGCCAAACGAAUCUUAUUCUUAUUAUAUGUAUACCAAUGUAUGUACAUGUAUAUACAUAAAUAUAUGUAUAACAAGUCGUGAUCUUGUACAUGUUCAUUAUUAUGAUAAUAAUAAUAUAGACUCAGACCCCAAUCAACUUUAGUAUCAGAACAAUUUAUAUAAUCUUUGAAUAAUAUAAAUUUAUAGUGAAGGUUGAUGAAUAAAAACUAAUUACUUUAAUUGGACGGACGUCAUAAGUGAUCGGAUUGACCGCAGGUAGUUUUUAGUGUCGCGAGUUAAUUAAUAAAUUGAAGGAUUUUUUUUUGAAUUUCGCAUCAACGGAAGAGCCACGAGAGUAGCAGGUGGCAGAGUGUCACCGUCGGCAAAAUUCUGUCUUCUGGUUACCGCUUGAGUACCGACGUGGUGGCGACAAAGGGACCGAGAACCAGGAGCCCUGAAGGGUCACCGCACCUCGCGAUGACUGUUCACCACCAGAGUCACCACGUAGCAGCAUUGAAUGGGAUCACGGUCCAGGCUGGAGGUACUGCUGGUACCGGGUUGAACCUCAGCCGCAUGGCGGGUCUCGAAGCGCACCGGGGUCUCGAGAGCAUCGACAGGCUGUCAAAUGGUAUCGACUCGCGUGCAGACAUCAUCAAUAACAAUAUUAUAAAUAAUAGUAGUCAUAGCAAUAAUCACUCGGCAAUCGAUCGUUCGGGCGAUGCGUCAACGACGAUGCCACACAGGUCAAGGUUUAUGAUCACCGACAUCCUCGCCGACGCUUCCAGUCCGGCCUCCUUGCAGAGCCAGGAACCACCCGCGAGUCCUCCAUCUGCACCCCGGGAUCUCAGUGUUCGCCAGGUCCGCAAUGUUAACCUCAAGCGGAAAAGAGACGAGGACAGUGACGCCAGUCAUCAUGAUGCCACUUCUGUGUCUUCCAACGGUGUCAAGGAGGACCAUGAUCAAAAAGAGUCUUCCUCAAGUUCACAAAAUUCACCGCCAAGUAAAAAACAACGUAAAGCCCGCACGGCGUUUACAGACCACCAGCUUCAAACACUCGAAAAAAGUUUCGAGAGGCAAAAGUACCUGAGUGUUCAGGAUCGGAUGGAGUUAGCGGCCAAGUUACAAUUAACGGAUACGCAGGUCAAAACGUGGUACCAAAAUAGAAGAACAAAGUGGAAACGACAAACAAUAGUGAGCUUUGAAAUACUUGCCGAGGCGAGUAACUACGUGUCCUUCCAAAGUGUGUAUGCCAACCGUGCUGGUAUGCCAACGCAGCCUUCCUACUGGUAUCCUGGUGCACCAGUUCCGCCACCAAAUGAGCUCUUCUACAGACAAGCAUCAGCAGCAGCUGUCACGCUGCAGAAACCGAUGCCCCAUCGGUUUUACCCGCCGAUGCAGAUGCUCGCGGGUCCCAGUGCGAAUGUCCCUCUGGGAAACUUAGCAGCCAGCUCGAGUCUCUCGAGUCUCAGCAGUUAUUACAACCGCGAAAGCCCGGAGAUGAUGCAGGACCCUCGUGAACGGGAACGGGAACAUCUUGAACGCGCGGCGAUGCGGGCGAGAAGCAAGAGCUUGGAAAGAAGUCCGCCGCCGAGAGAUGACAGUCCGCAGAGUAACCGCAAUGACAGUGAUGACGAGAGUAUAAAUGACAUCUAGGACUCGGCUGAUGUGUUCCCGACUGACAGCGACAGUAAUCCGUGGAGCAGCCAAUGCAGUGAAUUUUAAAUUAUAAUAAAUUUUUAUUAAUAUCGAGGUUAUUUUGGUUUAGCUGUUGAUGGAUUUUUGGUGAAUCAGAGUUGAGUGCCGGUUUUCGAUGACAACCGGACGAAGGAAACGACAAAUAGUAACGUGAUACGGGGCCAGGGCUUGACAUUUUUAGACAUUCGAGAUUUGCGAGAAAAUAAUGUAGUAUAUAUUUAUAUAUAUACAUAUAUAAGACAGGAUGUGACGUGCGGUUAACCAACCUACAAGAGAAUAAUGAACUUUGAUGCUGAUUAAUCGAUCCAAUCCCGUUUGUGGUGAAUUUAAAAUGUGUGUUAGAAUUAAUUUGUGUCAACGGUAAAUUAAAUAAUUAUUUCAACAUUAUAAUUAUUAUUAUUAUCAUUACUAUUACUAUUAUUAAUAUAUAUAUAUAUAUAUAUAUAUAAAUAUGUGCAAUUUGCUUUGCCAAACAUUUAAAUUAUUUUCUCCAUUCUCUGUUCUCUGUCACUGUACUCGGACUUUUGUUAUUGAGAUCUGAGAUUUAUUGCAGAAAGAUUUUAUUAUUCAAAUCUUACUGCGAU